AACAUUGCAACACAUCUGUGCAGAUUCAGUCACUUGAUUAACACUUGACAAAAACCAAAAAUGUCCGGUGUCGAUAAAGUUCAUUUGGCACCUCCCCUGGUAGCUACACAUGAAGGCACUCAGGAUGAGGAAGUGUUGUGUGUGUUACACUGGGCUCAACAUACUGAGGACAACUUCAAUACUGGUGUGAGAAACAAGAAGAUCUUUGAGAAGAUGAAGCCUCUGGUGGUUUCCUCCCAGCUUGGGAACAGCAGUAAUGACUCUGGAUCUUGUCUGGGGGAGAGCCAGCACAUGUCUAUUGCUGUCCUCCUGUGCCUGGUCUUCUUCCUGGGCUUCCUCCUGAACACCUUCAGCCUCUGGGUCUUCUGCUGCCGGUUGACUCACUGGACCUGUGGAACCACACUGCAGUUCCACCUGGCCCUCAGCGACGCCAUUGCCACCCCAGUCACUCCCAUGAUGGCAGUGUACUUUGCCAUGGGCAAUGAUUGGCCCUUUGGUAGGUUCCUGUGCCAAGUCAAGAUUGCCCUGCUUAGUUCGCAUUUCUACGGCAGCACCAUAUUCCUCACUCUCAUCAGCAUCCAUCGGUACACAGCCGUGGUGCACUACAACAGAAGCUCCUGCAUGAAACGGAAGAAGUUUGUCAGGAAGCUGUGUGCAGGAAUUUGGUCUCUGCUAUUGAUUCAGGCUCUGAUCUACGCUUUAUUGCUUCCUCCAAGUAAGGAGGGCAGAAACAGUCACUGCCUCUCCAUCCAUCAGAGGAACCUAUCAGACACCUACUUUGUCCUUAACUUCAUCCUGUUCAUCUUUGGGUUUCUACUCCCUUUUCUUCUGUCAGCUGUUUGCUAUGGCCGUCUGACGAACACCUUAACUCACCUCAACAUCAGCACGCCUAAAGGUCUAAAUGUCAAGGUGAAAUCUCAGAGGAUGAUCGCCCUGUGUCUGGUGAUAUUUGGAUUGUGCUUCUUGCCUCUGAACGUGGUACGAACUGUGGGAGUUAUAUUUAAAAAAUAUUACCCUCAAGAAUGCCAUGUUCUUCUCCAGAUCGAGACAGCGUAUUAUGCAUCCUGGAUUAUAGCAGGGGUGAACAGCUGCCUGGAUCCUUUGCUGUACUGUUUUGCUUCGCAAAAGUUUCGAGAUGCAUUUCAGUCUCUUAGGAUUGGGAAGGUAGAAGGUCUGCCAAGAACUGAUUCAGAAAUCACUGCAAAUCAGUAGCAUUGGGGCUGCAUCUCAUAACCCGUAUUUGAUAACUCCUCGACUCCUCGGGCCUUGGCGGAACCGUAAGUUGUUUUGUCCCUCCUCAGUGAAAGCUUUCUCAAAGCUCUUAUUUCUGCCCCGAGGAGGUAUCACCAAGGAGCUAUAGGCGAGGAUACACGAGAGCAUCCUUCCUAAAUGCAGCUGAAGGAGUUGCUAACUCCGCCCAAACAGCUGACAAUUCAUGUGAUGUCUCCCACCUUUGUUCGUUUCUUCUCUCCUCCCAUGAUUUCAAAGUGUCUCUCCUGUGCCUCCUCGGUGGGCAGGACUAAGGCACGAGGAAGGGAGGCAAGUGGAGGACUCGAGGAGGCCAUUUAAGGGCUAUCAGAUGCACCCUCCUGCACUAUCACUGAGUUUGACCAAUAUUAGAGUCCCAGGAUUAAAUGCCGACUGUUACUUUAGAUUUUCUGUGAAGAAACAAAAUUUUCUAAUCUUACUCUUAACAAAAAAAGCAUGUGAGAAUAUUUCCCAAAUGUUUGUAAUUGUUCAUUUUGAGACCCAAACCAAGCUUGAAAAAAUGUUUGUAACCCAAAUGCUUUAUUUGUGCUUCAUGUCAUCCAUUUCUGAUGGUUAACAAUACGUUCCCACUGAGCAUUGCCCAUCUAUCUUGCAGCACAUGACACGCAUCAAUGCAUUUGUUUAGCACAGUCAAAGAAAAACCUUUCUUAAUAGAUACAUUUGAAAAUAACUCAACAUGAACCUGAAGCUUUAUGCAAUCAAACAUCCUGACCUGACAUAAAACCUGUUACUUUAGUCAGGACCCUUCGGGUUGGAGUAGUGUUGAGACUUCCUAUUCUUAUCUUAUAACAUCAAAUCAUUGAAGGUGGUUCUACUAUUGCCAUAAUUAUAUUUUAAUUACGUGUAUUUAACUUUUAUUUUACUGAACAUAAAAUAUAUGAUU